GAGGAGAAAAGAGAGUGGCCAACAUGGUUCCUCCGCUUGCUUUGUGAACUAGGCACACUCCGGCACCCUGGCUGAAGGCCAGCCCGGGAGACAAAGGAGGUCUGAAGCUGAAUGCACCCAAUGUUUGGGCUGGCAACUCCCAUCCCAAGGGGCCAGGCGCCAGGCCCUCUGGGGCUGAUAGGCUUUGUAAUCCCCAACUUCUGCAGGGGCCAAACAGCUGAGGUCUGAACCCAGCCUGAGCUGGUGCUGAGUCCACCUGGAGGGACCCUGUCCGGGGGGGAUCCCUAGGACGGAAGCUGCUGAUCCACCACCCUGAACCUCUGCCCCCUUUGCAGCUCUCCGGGGUGCUCCGUGCCUUGUGGGGGGAGAUCCGGCUCUCGGACUUGGCUAGAUGAACUUUGGGGGUUCCUUUCCGAAGGCUCGGUGUUUCUAAGCAAGCCUGGCUUUGUUUGGAUUUCCUUCCACCACCCACCCUCACCCUCCAGCUGGGCUAAGCUGGCACGGCUGCAAAAGGCGGCCAUCUGCAUUGCGUUUGAGGGGGGCCGGUGCCGCAGCCAAGUCCGAACCCCCCCUCCCUCCUUUUGUUCCUGGGGGCCUGCUGCGGCGGAGAAGGCUCUUGGUGCUGGCGGCUAUGUCUUACUACGUGUUUGAGGGCCAGGGAGCAGGUAACGGCACCCCGAAUCCGACACUGUCUUUGCUUUGGGGGGGUGGAGAGAGAGCAGCAUCGCCCUGGGGUGAGUAGCAGCCCCUAGGGCGAGAUUGGGCUCGGGCGGGCUCCUUGUCCCUGGAGAAGGCAGACAGGAGGAGCUGGGCUUUGGAGAGGAAUCGCGGGCAUGCCGAUUCCUGGCAGGCGGGCCCGUCUUCACCAUGAUCUCCAACACUCCAUUCCUGAUGGCGAGGCCACCAACCAGCCCCACUGAUCACCAGCAUUUGUGCUCCGUGCCGAAAAAGGGGAAGGGGCAUAGCUGACCUGGGGGACUCUGCUUUUCUUGGCCAAGAUGCCCGGUUUGGUCCCCCCGGCUUGAAUUUCCGGACCCCCGCUGCCAGGCAAGGCUACACGGCAGCCAGUUCGCCCAGGCUGUAAAUCAUGUGGUUGGCGUGGUUUUGACUUCAGUCUCUAUUGCGCAAAGCGAGGCAUUGCGGCCGAUUUAUGGAGUAGGUCAACGGUUUUGUGGCCAACUUUAGGGUGGAUAUUUUCUGUAUGACACCCCCCCAACCCCAAAUCUAAGUAUUUGGUGCAAUACGGAUACUCUCCAGCAUCUGAACUCCACCGCCUACAACUUGGUCACUGUCAACUUGGUCAUAGUAAGGCUUCACCUGAGCAGGGGCGUCUGAAUUAAAUUAUUUUAAAGCCCCUUCCAAUGAUAUCCUUUUCUGUGGGUGGUUUUAUCUGUGGCCGCCCAUCUCAUCGCAGUGACUCUGGGCAGCGAUUGCAAAUAAUGCCAUGAUCGCAAAUAUGGCCCCUAAGAAUGGCCAUUUUUCUAUAUUUCGGAGCUGGGGAGAACAUGGAAGGUUCGUGCGAAGCCAAAAAAGUUUCCUUUUUCGAGACAGAAACGACAACUCUUCAGAUAUUGGUAUUUAUUUCUGCGUUAGGACUACGGUUUCUAGGGGCUGUGAGUGGAAGGAAGAGCAAUAGGUGAUGCAUUUUUCCCCCCGAACGGACAUUUAUCUGUAUUUUUCCAUUCUUUUGGGAUUCAGUCUCAUCAAUGGCAUUUUGUCUCUCCAAAGCUCAUUCUCCUUCUACAAGCAUGGCAGGCUCGGGGCAGUACAGGCACCUGAUUAACGAUUACGGGCCCCCAUCUCUAGGCUACACGCAGGGAGUGCAGGGGACCGGCAGCAGUCAAGUCCCCCAGAGCAAAUAUGCAGAACUUCUGACCAUCAUAGAAGAAUUAGGGAAAGAAAUUAGGCCCACGUAUGCCGGAAGCAAAAGUGCCAUGGAAAGGCUAAAACGAGGUAUCAUUCAAGCAAGAGGACUGGUCCGGGAGUGUUUAGCAGAGACUGAGAGAAAUGCAAGAUCUUAAUCUCCAUCUCUUUUUCACUGCCCCCCCGCCUCCAAGAGACCCCAGCUCCCUUGGAAAGUAUGGAAACAUUCAGACCAACCCGUUAAACUGACUAUUCUGUUUUUCCUCUUCCAGCCUUGGACACUGCCCUUCUCAAGAACGGGUCUGUGCCCAAGGGGCUGUGUGCCCAGUAGAAUUUCUGGAUGCCAGGCCCAUUUCCCUUCCUCCCAUUCAGACACUUCCUUCUGUCAUCUCAUAAACUGCUGCAGAAACUCCCUCCAUUUCAGCAGGCUGCCAUUCCUGAACACGGAGCAGGAAAUCCAAAGCCUCCUCUGGAAUGAACGGAAAUUGUUCAGAGGGUCAUUUUUUCUUUGUCCCCCAGAUC